AAGGUUUUCAAAAUGAACGUAGGUAUAAUGAAAUUGCCUGAUGAUAUUCUCAGCAGAGUAAUGUUUUAUGAGCCGGAAUUAUCACAAACUUGCAGAAAGCUUUGGGCUCUAGGUAGAGCGUACCGAGAUGCUAUAGUUGGGCCACAUGCGCCAACGAAAGUGAAAAUUAAUGAACAAAAGGUGUAUUAUCAAAACCUAAAAAGGUUUCUUGAUAACUUUAAAAUUCUAGCUGAAUCCUCUAAAGUAGAUUAUACGAAGUCAAUCAGAAUACACUUUUUGGGUAAUAGAAACAACUGUCCAGCAAAAACCUCUGAAUACAUACAAAGAACACUUAAAUUAUUGCCUUUAUUUUGGAAUCUCCAGGAAUUGGCUAUACAGUUCGAUUAUGUAAAUGAUAUUACGCGUCUAUUGACCUACAUGCCACGUUUACGUAGUUUACAUCUCGGUGUUAGAAUUUUCACACAUAUGGUGGAGUUCGUGGGUAUGUUGACAACACAUUGCCCUAAGCUCAUCAAUAUUGUUAUCUCGAUUAGGGUGUUCGAGGGCGAAAGUAACGUAUGGGAUGACAUACGAUUCAAACAAUUGAAUGAUUUCUUGAAUGGUCUUAGUAAGAACAUUGGUAGAGUUCCUAUACUAUAUAGACCAUACAAGGAUCCACUGAGCAUACUACCCAAUGAGAUAAUAGAACUACUAUUCGACCACCUUUGUCACGAUGAGAGAGGAGUUCUUAGUGCAAAAGAGCUUCGAUUAGUCAAUAAAGCGUGGUUCAUCGCGAUUUCAACAAAUUACGUAUAUAAGAACAAGUUUAGUCUAUCAGAUAGAGAUUUCUUAACUGCAAAUUACACAGAGACUCAGAUGGAAAUAAUAAAACGGCGGCUAAGCCGUCAUAUAGAGAGAUGUGCAUACAUAAGAUCAAUUGAGAUUGAUGUACAUCAAUACAAUCGGAAUUUUCUCCGGGAUUUCUUCUUUAAUGCUAUAGAUAAAAAUCAAUCAAAACCGUUCGAAACUGUAGUAGUAAAUUACCACGGUGGUCCAUUUAACAGCGAAAAGAAAGGAUUUUUAAUGACGAUAACUGAAAGUGUUCUGAAUUUGAACGCUAAGGAUUUAAUACUUAACAAUUAUUCUAAAAUCGUCGGUAAACGUGAAACAGAAAUUAGUCAUUUGAGUUUAUUCGAAGGGAAUUUAAUACUCAAAAAUUGGAGAUUGAAAGGUGAUCCUGAAUGCUUGGUUUCAUCUUUCGCUAAAUCUAUAGACUUACAUGGUUUUGAUGUUGAUGGAAAAUCUUCACAAUUCUCAGAUAGAUCGGAGAUGUCAUUGAGUUUUCUAGUAAACUGUCCUCAGUUGGUGCACCUAAAGAUGGAUAAUAGUAACUUCUUUAUGGACAGCCUCGUUAUUAAGUACUUUGAUGAGAAUCUUCACGAAUGUGGUUAAUCUAGAUCUGUUCUUUAAAAUGUCAAAAACUGAACAGCUUGAUAGUAUUUCAAUAAAAGAUUCAAUUUUUCAAUUUCACAAAGAGAACUAUAUAUUUCUAUCGAAAGUUACCCAUUUAAGUAUCUCAAAUUGUCAAAACACGGACGAAGAUUUUAUUGUUACAUUAUUUUUGUCCAAUUUACCCAGAUUAAAAACCCUAAUUAUCGAAAAUUCCCCUUCAUUCAGUGAUCCAAUUUUAUCAAAAGUUAGAGAUUACAAGGUUAAAAAUGUUGUAAUAAAAUGAUUUUGAUGUACAAAG